AUGAUUAAUGUCAGGGAUGCCGAUAAUUGCAUGAUUUUCAUAUUCUCAGAGAUACUCCGUAGUGUAAGGUACAGUCGGCGGCGCAGACCAGUGAAAUCUUCGAGACCUUCUCGGCCUUUAUCGGUGAGUCGCAUUUUUCUUUUCUCUGUGCACUCAACAGGUCUGAGUCAACAAUUGUUUUCAACUAUCUUCUCGUAUUCUGUCUCUUCAUUUUUUUCACUUUUCAUGCCUUAA